CAUGGGCAGCGCGACGGACGUCCGUGUCGAAGCUUUCCUCGAUUCUUUAAGUAGUUUUCUUUAUGCGAAACAACGUCGCGACGCGCGCAUUCGCGUUACACAUUAUCUUUGAUAGUUGUUGUUGGUGUUUUCAGAAAAUGGUUUUCUUAGUUUUUCUUAAGUAAAAAUAUAGAAAUGUUUAUAUAUAUUUUUUGUAACUUUAAUUUAUGAAUGGAGGACGCGCUGAGUGAGUCGCCGAAUCGCUGGAUAAUAAAUUAUGCGCCAAAUACCAAAAAUAUUUGUAUUCAAAAUGAAAAUUCCAAAUAAUUUAUUCGUAACCAAAAAGCUGAAAGAUAAAAAUGUGUAACAAUAAUUGAUGUGAUAUGUGGAAAUAAAAUAUAAAAAAAAAUAAUAAUAAUAAAUAACUGCAAAUGAACACUUAGCACGACUUACGGAUCGUAUCAAAUUACGAGCACAAACAACUAAAACUCAUACAGUUUCGAUACAGAGCAUACAAAUAAAAAACCAAUUAAUGUGACUAAAAUAUAGCAUAGUAAAAACUGGAAUACGCAUAAUGAGGAAUCCAAAUUCUCAAAAUUCUUUUGAGAGCAGUGCGUGGAGCACAAGUAUUUGUAAUACGAGUGAUAACUGUAGUUCCUGCCAAAGAUUGCACAAAAUAAAGGGAAAUGUUGUAUCCAAUAUUUGUGCUGAAAAUUCGACAUUCCUGCGUCUGUUAUUGUUAACGCUCUGCCUCAGCUCCAUAUUGGCCGCUCCGCAAACCUCCUGCAUACUCUGUAAUAAGGAAGAUCUGAGGGCCAAGGAGCCAACAAUAAGCGACAGCUACGAGGAAUUCACAUUCGAUCAUCAGGUAUCGCGGCAAGAUGCCAUUCAAGCGCUGCGCAAGUUCAAUGAGACACAAAACUCUUGCAACUCCAUGAAGUGCACGCCGACGGUGCUGAAUUAUUGUCUGGGCCCACAGUUCCUAAAUGAUCAUUGCUGGUGCGAGCUGCAGCAUAGGGAAGAGGGCCUACCCUAUGUGCCGCAUAUAUGCUAUGUGGGAGAAAAGGUCUACAAGCCUUCGGUGGGUUCAUGUUUCUUCUUCGAGGAGGUCAAGGAAUGCUGCUGUGCAUCCGCUUUGGUCAGCGAGUGGCGACACAUCUCAGGUGCUUCAUUUAGUCCACCACAAGCCAUGCUAAGCUCCAUACUGGCUUUGCUGAGUUUACUUCAUUGGCGAACCAGAAGGCGUUAAAUAUAUUAAACCUAAGAAUGGGGCGGGCCCUGGGAAUAGUGUAUAAUCUAGUGCAACAUAGUCAUAGUCACGUUGGUAUCAAGCGAUGCAACGCGGCGAUUAUUUAGCAAUUAUUAAGUGUACUUAGUUCAAAAUGUUUUUGCAAAAAUCAAACUUACUUGGUAAGCAUUGUACAUGAAUAUAUUUAAGCGUUAAUAAAUAUAAAUUUGUAUGACUAAA